AGGUGAUUGGCUGUCCCGAAAACAUGACUGGUAUUCGCGGACUUGGGCGGAGACCCACAAGGAGACUGGGCGGGACUUCAGGCGGGAGGAGGCGGGGCUUCUGGGUGUUGGGCGCGAGCAGUUUGAAAGACAGUUGGUGUUGGUUCGGCUGCCAAGGUCCGAUUCCGCAGUGCCAGCCCUGCUCAAUGGCAGACCCUGAGGAGGUGCGGAUUUCUUCGCCGCCCCCGCCGCCUCCUUCCUCUCCCUCGUCUUCAGACGCCUCCUCGUCAGCAUCUUCCCCCGGCGUUCCAGUGAGUUUGGGCUGGCCGGUUGCGAGCAGGAGCAGCGGCCGAACGGUGGACCCUCUGGAGGAAGUAGAGCUGCAGAUUGGAGACGCAGCAUUUUCACUCACCAAACUUCUUGAAGCCAUAUCUGCAGUAUCAGCUCAAGUAGAAGAGCUUGCCUUCAAGUGUACAGAAAAUGCACGUUUUCUUAAAACGUGGCGGGACCUCUUGAAAGAAGGCUAUGAUUCUUUGAAGCCUGACAACUGAUUUGGCUGUGUACUAAUUCAUACGUCCUCAUUUAUGAUGUUUGAACGUGGUAUCAGGUUGUCUCCAGCAGUUCUGUGUAUUCAGAAUGAAAUUUUCUGAGUGGUUGUCUCACUUUUGUGAAAGCAGAAUACCGAUGCUAUUUUUGAUUCUGGCCAAUAUUUAUCUUUAAAUAUUUUCUGUCCUCUAAACUUCCAUAGACUCUUUUAUGAAAGUUAAUUUCAUCAGUGGAUAAUGGUAAUAAUGCUACAGUGUGAUCAAACUGAAAGGCUACACUUCCUGGGCCAUUGGACUGUCUGUGGCAGAUUUGGCAGAAAGUAUAAUGAAGAAUCUUAGGCGGGUGCAUCCAAUUUCCACCAUGAUUAAGGGUCUCUAUGGAAUUAAAGAUGUCUUCCUUAGUGUCCCUUGCAUCUUGGGACAGAAUGGAAUUUCAGAUGUUGUGAAGGUGACUCUGACUCCUGAGGAGGAGGCCCGUUUGAAGAAGAGUGCAGAUACACUUUGGGGGAUCCAAAAGGAGCUGCAGUUUUAAAGUUUUCUAAUGUACCACUUCACUGUCUAGACUACAACAGGAUUUUAGUUGGAGGUUGUGUAUAUUGUCCUUAUUAUCUGAUCUGUUACUCAAGUAAUAUUAAAAUGGCCUAAGAAGAAACAUCCGUUUCCUAAAGUUCCAAAUCGGAAUGGUUCACCAAACCCUGCAGCUGUAUCCUGAUGCUGGAUGCUACCUGUCUUUGUAGCCCUAAAUUGGUUAAUGUAAGUUAGCCCCACCGUCUCAGAGUCACCACUGCCAGGACUGCAGAGCUGCGGUCGUGUGUUUACUGUGCGUUCUGUCACUUCGGGUUCCUUCCCCCAACACCCGACAUGCCUAGUCCAUCUUUUCCAGUCAGUCACAUCCUGGGAUCCAAUGUAUAAAUUCAGUAUUGCAUGGACGGUGCAUAACUGUUCUGAAGGAUCUUAUUUUGUGUACCAUAUAUGUCAGAAUAUAGUGUACAUGGCCAUAUAAUGUAAAAAGACAAUGCAAGCAACUAUCCUAAGUGUCAUACCAACUAAAAUACCAAAUAAAUUCUGAACAGUGACUUUUUUGGGAAAAAAAAAAAAAAAAAAAAAAAAAAAGCUACAGUGUUAACCAAUAGGAAAAAAUGGGUAGACCAUUAUUCUAUUUGAUUUCCAAGAAGAUGCCAAGAGUUUGAAGUUGAGCUUCAUUUUCUGGACCAAGGGAAGUAACUUUAAGGUUACCAGUGUUGGCCCAGCUCCACUAGGCCAACUUCCCUGGGACUAGACAUUGUGUCUUCUUUAUCUUCAGCACCUAGAACAAUGACAGUGUCACACAACAACCAGUAAAUGUUUGUUGAAUAAAAGAGUUGACAAUACAAUUAAAAGCUGUCUUUUUUUCCUGUUUUUUAGCGUGAAAAUUGUAACUUUUUCUAAAAAGUAUUUUAAUCAGAACCUCACUGACUUGAAGGAAAACAUUCUUUUCUUUACGGGAAUUUGAAAUUUAACUGAUGACAACUUUUUAAAAUAUAUGAUAAAUACUUUUUAUUCUUUUUAAAAAGCUUUUAGUUCAGAAAAUAAAAGCCGUCUGGAAAGAAUGUAUAUAUAUAUAUAUAUAUAUAUAUAUUUUUUUUUUUUUUUUCCCUGUUCUGUUUCUCAGGUUAAUUGCUUUGUGAUGUUGUAUGUUCAAUUGUUCUCUUUAAAGUGCCUUAUCAAAAUUAUGGCUCUGUACUAUUACUCUUUGAACUUUGCACAUAAUAAUUCUAAAUUCUAAACAUAAUUCUAAAGAUACUUUGUUUUUAAUGCAUCAAAUUUAAAUGAUGUGAUUGGUUUCAUAUUUGACUUUAAUGACAAUGUUCUACUUUACUUGUCCCAUAUCUUAUUAUUGUUCUCUUUUUGUUGGUUUAUGUCAUAUGUGUCAGUGAUUAAGCCAACUAAUUCUCCAUAACUUAUAGACAUCUUUGAUGUGGAUCUUAAUUCUUUGUCGAUAUGGAGAUGUGUACAGAACUAUAUUCUAAAGCUCUACAGUGGGGUUAUGAAAGGGGACAAAUAGAUGGACAAAGAAUUGUUUAGUAUAUUAAGUCAUAGUUCUUGAUUAAUUUUUUUUAAGUUAAAAAUAACACAUAUGGUGUGUUUAUACCAAAGAGAUACUUAUUUUGAUAUUGGAAAAAUAUUUUUAUGUGUCAUCAGAAGUGCAGUUUUUAAAAUGUACAGAAAUAAAAGUGUUCAAAACAAA